AUGUACUUCCCAAGAGAAACAUCAAUCUCUUUCAAAGCAUUCGGGUCUUCCCUCUCCUCCAUCUUCUCCAAACUAAGCUCCCGGAGAAUCCUCUUCACCUCCGACGAAAACAACAAGCAGCAGGCCGCCGCCGCCGCCGAGUCGUCGUCGUUGCUGGGACACGACCCGGCGGAAUCAUGCCAAGCCAGAGCCGCCCGGACCAAAUCCAUAGUCAGGUCGCUCUACAAGGCCCUAGCCCAUGCGGCGUCGUUUCUGCCCGAGGAUUGCCAGCAGGUCAUCGCCAGCGACCUGGAGUGGUGGUUCCACGGCCCGCCAGGUUGCGACUACAUGAUGCGCAUGCUGACGGGGCAGCUGGCGGCCACGUCGGACCAAUCCUCGUCUACGAAUUUCCGGUUCGAGCCACGUAGCGUCGAGGCGAUCGGGGACUGCGUGAUCGCGGAAGGAUGGGAAGGCGAGGUGUACUGGGUGCACGUGUGGACGCUGAGGGAGGAUCAUGGCCUGGUCGUCAUCACUCAGUUCAGGGAGUAUUUCAACACGUGGCUCACCGUCAAGGACGUCACCGGUCGGCCACCGGUGAGCGCCGGUCAUGGACAUCGGCGUACGCCGUCGCCGGAGAGGGAGAAGCUCACGCUGUGGAGGAGCCGGCCGGCUGAUCUUUACAAGCGGUCUCUGCCUGGCCUUGUUCUCGCCAUCUGA